UCGACCACUGAUUCUACCUGUUGUUUGAAGCGAAAAGUUUUGGGUGUAUGGUAGUGUUGAUGAAACAAAACUCUUGCUAUUUUCAUGCAAGUGGAGUUAUUACACAAACGUUUUCGAAAUCUAUACGAAAUCUAGUGAGGAAUGAAAGUGACUUUUUGACGUGUGAAGCACCAAAAACCAAUCUGUGUUAAAUAAUUUAAUUGAGCAUCAGCAUCAACUUUAUAUAUUCUACUAAGUAACUCUAAGUAAAUCUACUAAGAAACAAUACUUACGGCUAUGUGCAGAAUAAACGUAACCACGUUUACAUUACUUUUAUUGUUCACAGUAGGGAGUCUAAUGUCGGAUUCGUUACAUCCUCCAGAUGGCUCGAUUAAAGAUUUGUAUGAGUAUCUUCUGCAACGGGAAUAUGCCGCUCCUGUAUCUUAUGCCGAUCAUCAAAUUAAGCGAAAAGCAGUAAGAUCCCCAUCGCUGAGAUUACGUUUCGGGCGACGUAGCGAUACUUCAAUUCCUGCUCUGCCAGAGGAUGAUGACGAGCCGAUGGAUCAGAGAGCAAUUCGGGCUCCCCAGCUCCGACUCAGGUUUGGAAGAAAUGAUCCCGUUUGGUCUUCGUUUAACGAAAACGCGCUGCUCGAGGAAAACUAUGACAAGCGAGCUCCUUCUCAAAAGCUGCGAUGGGGCCGUUCCAAUUUAUUUGGCAAUCUGGUCAAUCAGUAUCAGCCCAAUGACGUUAUGCAGCAGAAAACUAUAAGGGCUCCACAACUCAGACUACGCUUCGGCAGAACCGAUCCAUCCUGGUCAAUAUACAAUGAGCAUCAACGCACUAUUGCAGAGCAACCGAUAUUAACGAACGAAUCUAACCAAAAGCGUGCACCAACCCAGAGGCUCCGAUGGGGACGUUCCGAUCCGUCGCUCACUAGUAAAGGUUCAACAGAGGACAAGACACCGGAUGAGGUGGAAAAUGAUAGCAACGCCGCUGUUGACAAGUAAACACACGGCAAUUACCUGAGAUUCAUCUAGUUAUUGUGACUUGCAAAUCCCCGUAGAUGACGUCUUCUGAUAUAAACUACAAAGCAAACGUGCCAAAUACAAAAUACAAUAAUCUGUACUACUAACGAAGGGAUUCUAUUCCGUCUAUGGCACAACGCAGAACGACGCACUCUGAUGCAGGAUUCGCAGCAUAACGAUAACUUUAUUCGAAUGAAACGUUUGUGAAUUUGAUCGUUUGAGUGUUUGUGUAAAAGUCGAUUUCGUUUGUCACAAAACCUGAUAGCCCAUUUUCAUCGAACAAUUACUGACCACGUCGGGAAAUAUAUACUUAAAUAAAAAGGGCAAUCGAAGAAAUCAGUUAAAAUUUUAUUAUGUAAAAUACAUCCUGCUAGAACAGCAAGCUGGCUUGAAAAUGUUUAUCGUGAUAUGACUCUGUUCAGUUGUUGCAUUUGGGAAACGAGGCAAGACAAACAAUAGAUUUGCUUAGGAGCAAAUUUAAAAACCUACUAACAAAGCACUCACACCAUUCAAAUGUCGCUGGCGAAUUCAGUCACAAUAAAAAACAUUAUCACUUUACGGUCAUUGUGGUGAAAAUUUACCAUUUAAAGGUUACGGCUCUUACGGCGCAAAUUACAUACAUUAAUCCUAGAAUAAGACUAACCACUUCCCAUCAGGUAGAUAGAACGUGAAGGAGGAGUAGACAAAUAAAAAAAAAAUAAAUAAUAAUAAUUUAACUUACCACAGAGAUAAAAACGUUUAUCAAUAUUAGGUAUACGUUACGCAUGUUUUAUUUAACACCAUACUUCUACAUAAUAGAUUGUUUUUGCCACUCAUGCGGCAAUUUUUCCACGUACGCUAUGGUCAAAACUAACCUUUGGCCAAAUGUCUGGGCCGAAAAAAAACUGAAAGAGCAAAUUCUUUACACUAAUCAUCCAAGCGCCAUAAUAAAAGGAAUUUGUAUUUUACGCAAGCACAUUAAUUUGCUGUACCAAUUCUGUGCUGUUCCGGUGUGUUGCCGCUGAAUUCAUUGCAUGUGAGAAUAGCUACGCUGUUGAGAAUUAUGGCAGUUAAAAUAUCGACGUAUAAACACUUAUUUUUAUAACCAACCUAUACUAGACA